AUAAUAGUAGCACAAGCACAAGCACAACAAGGCAAGCUUAGCUAAGCUAGGGGUCCCUCCCUCCCCCUACCCCUGGUCCCAACGACCCCUUCUCCAUUCUUGAAACUCUAGCUGGCUUCCUAGCUACCACCAAGCUACUGUCGCUCACCAAUCCUUCCUUCUUCCCCGAUUACAUGCCAGCGUCAUGGAUGGUUAACUUAGCCUGUGCUCUUGUGUAAUCUUUGGGACUUCUCAUGGAGAGGCAGCGGGUGGUGGUGGUGGUGGAGGACGCCCCGGCGUCCCGCGCGGCGCUGCAGUGGGCGGUGCGCAACUUCAUCCGGGCCGGCGACUCCAUCGCGCUGCUGCACGUGUGCGCGCCGGCCCGCUCCAAGCGCCGCCGCCGCCGCCUCCGGCUGCGCGGGUUCCAGCUCGCGCUCGCCUUCCGGGACCUCUGCGACGGCGUCGCGGAGGCCAUGGUGGAGAUCGUGGUGCGGGAGGGGGAGCUCGCGGCGACGGUGGCCGCGGCGGUCGGCCAGCUCCGGGCCUCCACGCUCGUCGUCGGCCUCCACGACAAGAGCUUCCUCUACGGGUCGCCGGGCCCGUACGAGGGAGUGAGCGGGCUGGGGUGCCGGGUGCUCGCCGUCCGGCAGCACGCGACGGCGCGGCACGGGGCCGUGGAGGCGGAGCUCACCCAGGUGGAGACCAUACGGCUGCACGUGCCGCCGCCCAAGAUCCCGUUCCCGAUCUUCGCGCUGCCGCUGGGCGUCAUCUGGAGGCGAUCAUCGUCGUCGAAGAAGAGGAAGUGAAUUAACGGAUGGAUGGCAACAUCUCCGGACGAACUUGUAUCUGAACCUGCAAGUUCAUCCCUCCAACCGCUCCUCUGCUUGCUAGCCCUCCCUUGUACAGACAGACAUCUUUUUUUUUUCUUUUCUUUUCUUUUCUUUUUUGCCAUAAAUCUUUCUUCUUCUUUCAUAGCUGAUCGAAUCGACUGAUAGACACAACACAUCAAUAGAACAUGGCCAUGAUUGAUCUUUUUUAAGUGCCGAAA